CGGGGCGCCCCCUCCCCCGUGCCGGGGCGCGGCGGAGGGAUGUGGGGCUUUGCGGGAGGAAGGCUUUUCGGCAUCUUCUCGGCCCCGGUGCUGGUGGCGGUGGUGUGCUGCGCCCAGAGCGUGAACGAUCCCGGGAACAUGUCCUUUGUGAAGGAGACGGUGGAUAAGCUGUUGAAAGGCUACGACAUUCGCCUGAGACCCGACUUCGGGGGUCCCCCGGUCUGCGUGGGGAUGAACAUCGACAUCGCCAGCAUCGACAUGGUCUCCGAAGUCAACAUGGAUUAUACCUUAACCAUGUAUUUUCAACAAUAUUGGAGAGAUAAAAGGCUCGCCUAUUCUGGGAUCCCUCUCAACCUCACGCUUGACAAUCGAGUGGCUGACCAGCUAUGGGUCCCCGACACAUAUUUCUUAAAUGACAAAAAGUCGUUUGUGCAUGGAGUGACAGUGAAAAACCGUAUGAUCCGCCUGCACCCUGACGGGACCGUGCUGUACGGGCUCAGAAUCACCACGACGGCCGCCUGCAUGAUGGACCUCCGAAGGUACCCGUUGGACGAGCAGAACUGCACCCUGGAAAUCGAAAGCUAUGGCUACACCACAGAUGACAUUGAAUUUUACUGGCGCGGCGGGGACAAGGCUGUGACGGGAGUGGAAAGGAUCGAGCUCCCUCAGUUCUCCAUCGUGGAGCAUCGACUGGUCUCGAGGAAUGUCGUCUUCGCCACAGGUGCCUAUCCCCGACUCUCACUGAGCUUCCGGUUGAAGAGAAACAUUGGCUACUUCAUUCUUCAGACUUACAUGCCCUCCAUCCUGAUAACCAUCCUCUCCUGGGUGUCCUUCUGGAUCAAUUACGAUGCCUCUGCUGCAAGAGUUGCCCUUGGGAUCACCACCGUCCUGACGAUGACCACCAUCAACACCCAUCUCCGGGAGACCCUGCCCAAGAUCCCCUACGUCAAAGCCAUCGACAUGUAUCUGAUGGGCUGCUUCGUUUUCGUGUUCCUGGCCCUUCUGGAGUACGCCUUUGUCAACUACAUCUUCUUUGGAAGAGGCCCUCAAAGGCAGAAGAAGCUUGCGGAAAAGACUGCCAAGGCCAAGAACGACCGUUCCAAGAGCGGGAGCGACCGGGUGGACGCCCACGGGAAUAUUCUGUUAGCGUCGCUGGAGGUUCACAAUGAAAUGAACGAGGUGGCGGGCGGUGUCGGCGACACCAGGAAUUCAGCAAUAUCCUUUGACAACUCAGGAAUCCAGUACAGGAAACAGAGUGUGCCCAGGGAAGGGCACGGGCGGUUUGCAGGGGACAGAAGCAUCCCACACAAGAAGACUCACCUUCGGAGGAGGUCUUCGCAGCUCAAAAUCAAAAUCCCCGAUCUCACCGAUGUGAAUGCCAUAGACAGAUGGUCCAGGAUCGUGUUCCCAUUCACUUUUUCUCUUUUCAACUUAGUUUACUGGCUGUACUAUGUUAACUGAGUGACUGUACUUGAUUUUUCAAAGACUUCAUUUAACACUGAGUGAAAUAUUACUCUGCCUGUCAAGUUUUUAUACCUGUACACACACAGACAGACACACACGCAGACACACACGUGUAUACAUACGCAAUUGUAUAUAUAUAUGUGAACUUUCUCAGCAUAUAUAUAAAAUACAUGUGUAUAUGAGGAUGUGUGUGUAUAUGUUUAUCCACAUGGGUUGUGAGUACCCGUGUCCACAGAAAACAAAUACACAUACAUGUAUACAUUUUGCAGCUACGGACAAUUUAACACAGGAUGCAUAUUAAAGAAAGUCAGAGUUUUUUUUUCUUUUCUUUUUUAAUGGAAAGGGACAAGUUGUCAUUUAAUAUCAUGCCUUGAGAACGAGGACGUGGAACACAAUAUCAUCCCCAAGUGUGUCUUUUAUUAUCAUUAAGUUAGAUGUUUUAGUUUAAAGAUCAGGAAGACAUUCUUUGCAAACACACACAGUGGUACUGCUUGUUGGCAGUGAGUCACACACUUCACAUCCUCUCUCAGUUUAGUGAGCGUGGGCUUUCCGGCUGUGCUGGUGAUGGGUUUGUUUUCUCCAGGCAUAAUUUUUCUGUAACGGUUUAGUGGACAGGUGAGCUGCGGGCAGUGUGCUCACCUGCUGUCUUCAUCGUAGCUAGAGCUCACGCGGAUGUCUGAAUGGCCAUCUUUUGAAAACCCAUCCGGAGCAAGUGGCAUCUCGUUGUGAGUACUCUAAUACACAGCGGCGUGUGGUUUUUUAGUUGUUCAUUUGGAGUGGAGCCAGCUCAACUGUCACGUGGGAACACCACGGCACGUUUUGGCAAUGACGUUUCAAUCGCCGAAAAUGUGCUCUACAUCUAGUGUGGAUUUCUAGCCCUGACACCCAACGGAAAGCAUAGACAUCUCAGGUUAUUUGCUCCUCUAAGGUAAAAAAAGAAACACAUCUAGGAUGAUUUUUCCCCCCUUGCGGUUACGUUAUCGAUCAUUCUUAUAACAUUGUAUGUUAAUAGGAGAUAUAUUUGCAUAAUAUGCAUAUAUAUGUAUAUUUACCAAGAUUUUGUUUUUCUUAUGCUUGCUACCAUGGCAGCAUGCGAGGUCGUAUUUUUCCUUUAUGUGAUGUAUAAGUACUUUCUGUUACCUAGAAAUUAAGAUUGAAGCGAAAACACUUCUGCUGUUCAAUUUCAGAAACUAAGAGACAUCCUCAUGCCUGUAUUUCUGUAUCCGACAUAUUUCAUAAGCACAUCCAGCUACUCCUAGGCUGACUAGGAUUCUGCAGGAGCAUGACCCCCACACACCACGCAUCACCUCACCACCCAUGACCGUUCUUGGAGGCAAAGGAAGGGAACCUGGCAACACACACAGUCGCUCUGGGUUCCUUCUGCUCCACAGCCUCAUCCAUAUCUGGACUUUUUAAAGCUCGUAGAACGAAGACAAGGUGCACCGGUUUCAUAGACGCAACCUUAACUUACUAUUUAGAUGAGAUCUUUCUAAAGAAAAAAAAA